AUGGGUACUCAUGGUGAAAUCCACAACGACAAUGUCAUCAAGGCAACCAUGGAGGAGCUCACUGAAGAGGAGCGCAAGGCCUACCUCAUCACUGAAGAGCACCUGAAGGAGCAGUUUCUUCACGGAUUCACGAAGGAGCGAGGAGGCCUAUUCAAGAGGGUCGGGGAGUUCGUGAUGCCAUCGUUCAAAGGCCUGGCUGUGUGGCCGACGUGGGCGCUGGAGAGGGACAUCCUCGCCCAGACCAUCGUGAGGGGUUUUGUCACGCACGGCGGGUGGAACUCCACCCUCGAGAGCCUAUGGCACGACAUGCUGCUGGCACCAUGGCCGCUGUAUGCCGAGCAGCACAUGAACACAUUCACCCUGGCGACGCCCAUGGCCAGGAAGCAGGAUAACUUAGUGGAGGCCGCGGAGCUGGAGCGAGCAGUGAAGGAGCCGAUCGGCGGCGGCGUGAGGGGAGGAAGGCCAGGGAGAUGGCCAUGGAGAUAA